GUACGAAUUCGUAGCUGCAUCAGCGAGAUGGUGAGCGAGUGCCCCUCCAGCAACUCAAAACCAUAACGAUUUGUUAGCUGCAGUCAAGAACAGUGAAGAGUGUUCAACGCGUUUAACGAAAUGUUGGCUCAAAAAAUAUCAGCUUGGUGCAUCCUCGUCGCUGUGAUUUCAGUCGCGAAUUCCGUUCAAGCUUCGCUUCUCAACAAAGCAGUUUUUCCCAACGACGAAAAACGGCCGUCAUCUCUCACCAAACACGAGUUUCAAGAUUUGGCGAAAGGAUCAGAAAAAGUAGGAGAAUACGAAGUCUGUAGAACGGAUGGAUGCAAAACAAUCGCCAAAGAGUUUCUCAGCAGCAUCAACAAGACGGUGGAUCCGUGCGAUGAUUUUUACCAAUUCGUUUGUGGCGGAUGGACCCCCGAAAAAGUAAUUCCGCCGAGCUUACCCUCUUGGAGUCGCAUUUCGAUGUUCCAACAGGUCGUUAAUCAUCGGAUAAAAGAUAUUUUACAAACGGAGCCUGAGCCCAGUGACAUUUUACCAGUGAGGCAGGCUAAAAAGUGGUAUCGAUCUUGUAUGGAUACAGAAACUCUGGAAGAAAGAGGAUUGAAACCAAUAGAAUCGAUUCUCCUUCAUGCCGGUGGUUGGCCCAUAGCAAUGGACGAAGAGGAAUGGGACGCGGAUGAAAACGAUUGGGAGAAAGUGGCAAACAGCUACACGCGUUUGACCGGUUCCCACGUUUUUUACGAUGUGAUCGUUAGUCCUCCGCAGAGAUGGCAAAAAUUCAGCAAAUUGCAGAUCAAGCCUCAGAGUCCUCCCCUCGAAGAACAAGUGCCACUGAAGUACAGAAAUUACAGCGGCAAUGACUACGAGGACUACAGAAAUUUCGUUGCCGGAGUAGCGGCGAUGUUCAUCGAGGAAAGCCGAGCUGACGUGUCGGAAAAAAAAAUGAUGAAAGAUGCAGAGGACAUCGUCGAGUUCGAGAAAAAUAUUUACGAGCUUGCACAGGAUUCGAACUACUGGUCCGAGGCCUUGGAAGAGCUUGCCCAUUGGUACAAAAAGGAAAUGAACAAGUCGAAUGUGGAUCCCAAAGCAGUUAUGAACUGGCAAUCGUGGGUGCAAGAUUUAUUUGACAGCGUGAACAUCGAAGUUGAUCCGAUGACGGAAGUCGAUUUGACCUCUUCCAGUUACAUCAUCGGAAUGGGAAAGCUCCUAGCGGAAACUCCGAAACGAACGAUCGUGAAUUACAUACAUUGGCACUUCGUCGCAAAUAUGUUGAGCUACACGACUGAAGGAGCCAGGAAUGCUUUGUACAGACUUUUGAUGGAGGAAUACGGGAUCAAGGAAAGUCCACCGCGUUGGUCCGAGUGUGUUGCCGAUAUGAAAAUGAUUCAUGCAUCCGCGUAUGCGUUCGUCGAAAAAUAUUUUACGGAGAACACUGAGAGUUCGGUGAAAAAUAUGUCGAAGAAUAUCCAACGAGCAAUGAACGAGCAAAUCGAUGCAUCGACUUGGCUCGACGAAGAAUCCAAAACGUUGGCCAAAGACAAGCUUAACAGUAUGAAAAUCUUCGUUGGUUUUCCAGAUUGGUAUAAAAAUCGGAAAUUAGUUACAAAGUUCUACAAAGGGUUGCCCAUAGGGAAUGAGUAUUUCGACAACGUUCUCAGCUAUCAGCGGUACGAAAGGAAACAGCUUUUAAAGAGUUACUCAUACGUGCCGGAAUCUGACGAAGAAAGUGAGCCAUGGUUCAUGGAUCCCAUUACAGUGAACGCUGUGUACGGGACAGAAGAGAAUUCAUUGAACGUUCCGGCUGCCAAUUUCCAGGCUCCUCUUUUCACGCCCGACAUUCCUGAUAACGUGAACUACGGAAUCGCUGGCGUCACAAUAGGGCAUGAAAUCGGUCACGGAUUCGAUAAUACCGGUAUAAUGUUCAGUAAGGAUGGAGAUGAAACAGAUCUUUCCGAAUUCAUUUUAAGAAGUUACUACCAACGUGCCGAAUGUUUUAUUAAUCAAUUCGACAAGUAUUACGGGUAUACAGGAGAACCGGCAGAUACAAGAACAACAGGGGCUCUGUUCGAAGAGAUGUUCAGACAUAAUCGAAAGUCUGAAUGGACGAGAGGAGAAAAUAUGGCGGAUGCCACAGGAAUUCAGGCUGUUUUCGAAGCAUAUAAAAAACUGGAGAAAUCGAAAAAGAGUGUGCGACUGGAAGGGAUGGAGGAAUUUACUGACGAUCAACUUUUCUUCGUUUCUUUUGCUGCGUCAUGGUGUACGAUAGGAACACCGGAGUACGAAGAGAAAGAGAAAAAAUCCGGUGACGAACACAGUCCUCCUAACUUGAGAGUUAUCGCCUCCGUUUCCAACACGAAAGGCUUCGCCGAAGCUUUCAAGUGUCCUGCUGGCAGUCCAAUGAACCCGGAAGACAAGUGCAGUGUUUGGGGAAAAUUGAAAAAGAAGAAGCCUGACUUGAAACCAGCUUGGAUGCGGAGGAGACCGAAUCGCUGGGGAGGACAGUGGCGAGGUUGAUGUCGACGUUAACAUUCUGUGUUAAUUCCAGAAGUAAAUCAUUGAUGUUUCGUGGAAUAAAUGAUUGUAAUCACUUGUCUAUGCUAA